AAUUGGAUGAAAAUAUGCUCCGGUGUGUUGACAUUUUCACCAGCUACAUCAUUAAACUCAGGACAUUUAUGAUCAGGUUUCCUCAUAAGCCAUCCGGUGUCAUAAGCCAGCCCUGGGAUUCCAAAGAUAACCUACCCCAAAUGGAGCAAAGCCACUGGGAAAAAUUUGAUACAGAGCAAGCUGUCACUGAAGCCCUUCUAAGCAACAGAGUGCCAGAGGCACAAGUCUUUUUCCGUCUGACUCACAACCCUGCCCAGGAUCUUGGGCAGCUAACCCGGAUAGGUCUGGAGAUGGCCUACAAAAGCCUCCUGAAGAAAGACAUAAAUGAAGCUUCCAAACUUUUAAGGAACAUGGGCCUCAGUGUGAAGCAGCAACUGCACAAAAUUUGUUUCUAUACAACAGAUUACCACGUCCGGGACUUUUUGGUGCUCGUGCUACAAGAUGAAGAUGUUCUUCCUGAAACAGAGAAGGAGAUGAUAGACUUUGUGUAUGAGGUAGAAAAUAUUUAUUCAGGCACCUUCCAAAGAAAGGAAAAGAAUGCAGCCGGCUGCAGAUCUUGGAGAAAAGAACCAGACUCUGUCGAUGUGACUUCUUUGGAUUCUUUUCUGACUUGCACCCAAGACAGAAUUCAUAACUGGGAGCACAGGGUGAUGCUAAACUGGGCUGAGUGGUGGAAUCCAUCUCUACGGGAAAGGGUCCUUCUUCCUGUGAGAACUCAGGAAGCGGAGUUUAAGUUCCAUAACCCCGAGGCCCUCUGGAUGUAUCUGUCCUCUUGGCACGAUUGGGUGAAUAUCAGCUCGUGGAUUUCCGACUCUCCACCCAAAGGCGACCCUGCAAAGUGGCCCCCGCUCCCUUUAGAAGCCAUCGGACAAAAUGCAUUAUGCAGCCCUUACUUGCGCAAUGAAGUCUUGGACAUCCUAGCUAGAAAUGGGACUUUUGUGCCUGCGGAACUGGAGGACUUCGAGGGCCUUCUGCAACGGACGGCCUGUGCCGGAGGCGUGAUGCAGCAGCCCCACCCUCUCCCAGGCUACCUCUCGGCAGGCGGCUUAGAUUUUCACACCUGCUUUAUCCUUUAUUGCUUAGAACGGGGGCUGGACCACCUUCUCUACUCCUACGUGGAUUACUACCGUUUAUUUUCAUCAGACUGUCUCAUUUUGAACGAUAAAGAUCUCCGUGAAGCACAUCCUUGGUUUGAAUUUUUAGUGCAGUGUUGGGACAUUGCCAACAAUCCUGGAGAUGCAGACAAGAUUUUUCAGGCUAGCCUAGCAAAUGCCCAGAUCUUGAUUCCCAGCAACCAGGCCAGUGUGAGCACCAUGCUGUUGGAGGGACGAACCCUUCUUGCCCUGGCUACGACCAUGUUCGCCGGGGGAGGGAUUGACCAGAUUGUCCAGAAGGGAGACGGGAGAGAGAAGGUGGAUGCGCAGCUCUUCAGGAUGGCACUUGCUCCUUACCCCAAGCUUAGAGCUGCCCUCUUCCCUCAGGUCACUCCUCAUGGCAUCCCACCUUCCGACCUUUCUCUCUAUCACCUUGUUCAGUGCUUGGCUCCCUUUGAUUCCACCAAGUUGUUUGGCUGGCAGUCAGCAAAUACGCUGGCCAUUCCUGAUAUUUGCAAUGACCUGCCUCACUUCUCGUGCUCAGCUCUCGUAAACAAGCACGCUAUAAUAGAGCACCUUGACUUCUCCUACUACUUAUCUCACGAGCGUCCUUCGUUUGCUUUCGGGGCGUUUUUAGCUCAGCAGCUAUCCAAAAGCGACCUCCCAAAGGAGCUGGUCCAGCAAGUGGCUCACCAAGCCUACUCGGUGGCUCUCUCGGUUUUCUAUGCCCCUUCUCUUGCCGCAACCUCGGUCUGCUUCUUGGAAAUGCUGGGCCUGCAGAGUCUGAAACUCCGAGUGGACGUUAAAGCUGCCAACGUGAUUCUGGGCUUCAUGUCCAGGAAAGAGGAGCCACAGCACCUCUCCAUCCGACAGUCCUUGGUUGAAAAGCUAGGAGAGCUGGCUGAGGGAGAGAAAGCUGCAGCCGAAGAUCUUCUGGUCUGCUUAGAGGAAGCCGUCUGGGAUAAGGUUGACCAUCAGGAGAUUAAAAA